AUGAAAAAAGACAACCAAUCCUGUUUGACUGAGUUUAUCCUUCUUGGCUUCUCAGAUUUUAAGUCUAUGAAAGAACUUCUGUUUUGUCUGGUUCUAACAUUUUACCUCAUGGCUUUGGUUGGCAACAGCCUGGUUUUGACCUUUACCAUUGCCAGUCCCACACUCCACACCCCAAUGUACUUCUUCCUCUGGAACUUGUCCUUUUUGGAAAUUGGCUACACCUCCACCAUCAUCCCAAAGAUGCUAGUAAAUUUGUUAUCAGAGAAUCAGACUAUAUCCUUUUGGGGCUGUGGGUGUCAAAUGUGCUUCUUUAUUCUCUUCAGUGUCACUGAGUGUUGUCUUCUUUGUGCUAUGGCGUAUGACCGUUAUGUUGCCAUUUGCAAACCCUUGCAAUACCCCUGUAUCAUGAAUGACAAGAAAUGUGCUAACCUAGCUGCCAUCUCAUGGACCAUUGGUAUUUUGGGGAGUUUGGGGCAAUCUAUUUCAAUCUUCACUCUUCCCUUCUGUGGGUCAAAUAGAAUCAGCCAUUUCUUCUGUGAUCUUAUGCCUGUUCUGAGACUGACUUCUAUCAAUACCUACAAAAAUGAAGUGGCCAAUGCAACACUAACAGUGGUAUUUGUCCUGGUACCCCUUUUGUUCAUCCUCUUUACUUACAUCCUCAUUGUCUCCACUAUUCUCACAAUGCCAGUGGCCACAAAUAGGCACAAAGCAUUUUCCACUUGUUCCUCACAUCUCAUAGUUGUUUUCAUUUUCUUUGGAACCAUCAUUAUUACCUACAUUCAUCCCAAUUCAGCAUCUUCUGGGGAUGAUAACAGGAUCCUUGCCCUGCUCUACACAGUAGUGACUCCAAGCUUGAACCCCAUCAUUUACAGCUUGAGAAAUAAAGAGAUAAAAGCUGCUUUCAAAACAUCAGUAGCAAGGAAAUGGGUCUUCUUUAGGUAA